AUGGUUGUUGCUGUCUCACUCCCAAUCGGCUUCCGUGCUUUGGGUCCGGAGGAGCAUCUUGCAUCUUUCCUGAGCGGAGCCUAUGGGCUUGGACUUUUCGAGCUCCUGCCUAUCGAGCAGACCGAAGGAGAAGAUGGUGGCCUGCAGGACGUUGCGCGCCUGGUGUUCGUAGGCUCUGGAGGCCAGCGCUUGCGAUUUCGUUUGGGCCUGAUCAACGGUGACCCUCCAGAAGAAGGAGUGCCGAUGUGGUCCUUCGAGGUCCGCGCCAGCGCCAAUGCAGGUGCAGCGGUGAUCGAGAGAACUUCAGACUAUCCCGGAUAUGGUGUCUACUUGAAGCUGGAGGUUGCUGGCCUCUACGGAUCCGUCCGGGAAGUGGGCUACAAGUACAACUAUGUGCGGCUGACAUUCCGGCUGCCUCCUGCUGCAACGAUGGCCACCGGAGGCACCCUGAUCGUUUUCGCCCCCUCGGUCUUCUUGCUGGAUGCGACGACCUUCAACCGGGAGAACUUGCCGCCACAAAGUGCCGCAACGGCUGAUAUGGACUCGGAGGACGUCACGCUCAGUUCUGCCUGGCGACUGCUAAACGUGACAUUGAUCUACCCGCUCGUCGUGGGCCGCUUUUACUCCUUCAGCUUCAGCGUCACGAAUCCUGCGACAACAGACGGAACCACCGGCUUGGUCUGGGAGCUGUGGUGCUACGAGCUCGGGGGGCGGGUCGUCGCUGCCAACACAGAGGUGCCCCAGUUUGCUCUGGAAGCCUUCUUCCAGCUUGCGGAAGUUUCUCCCUCCUCUGUGCUGCCCACGCAGAGCCCGAACGAAGUGGAGGUGCAGUUCGUCCUGGGAAGCACGCAGCUCUCAGCCAACACCGGGUCUUUGGUGGUGCAGCUUCCAGAAGGAUUCGCCAUACAGGAAGAUUCUGCCGGAACGUCCCCGUGGUGCCUCCUGGACACGGGCAACUUUUUCAGUCCUGGACAAGAUGAUUCGGGAUUCGCAGUGAAACCUCUGCCGGCUUGUUCUCGUUGCACUUGGCAGUCUUCCUUUGUCACGGUGGAGCUGCUGGAGGCCUUGGAUGUGGACAUCGCCUACCGAUUCUUGUUGCGGCUCUCCAACUCUCUUGACAUCGGAGUGGAGAACAGGUGGCGUGUCUCCACUGAGCUCGCCGGCGACACCUUGCACUUGGCCGAGAGCGUUCCGAACUUUGAUCUGACACCGAUGCCGGACAUCGGACUCUACUCCACAGACGUGCGCGAGGGCUUCGUGCAGUUGGUGCUGAUUCAGUUCCGACUCACCACGCACGUCCUGGGCCUGGCGAAUAUUCAGGUCCGGGGUCCGUUGGAGUUUGCGCUGAGCUGCAGUGAGAAGGGGAUCCCGGCGCCGCGUGGGCUCUUGCCGGCAGACACGGAGUGCUUCCUCAUCGGCCCAACCUUGCAGAUGACUCUCCCGGAUCCUUUGCCCUACGCGCCCUAUCAACUCCAGCUCCAAGCGGGCGAGGUUUACAUUUUCGGCCUCUUCUGCGCGAAUCCGGAGCAGUACAGAGAUUCUGGCACCUUUCAGGUGCGGAUCCGUGGAACAGUCGCGACGGCUUCAGAGCGCUUGCUGGACAUCCAGCCGUAUCUCCUUGCACCAAAGUUGGCGGCUCCUUUGGAUUUUCUAGAGGUCGUCACUGACCAGGUGAACCCGGCCGGGGCUUUGACCACUGUGACCGUGCGUUUUCGCCCACCGCUGGGGGCAAGCGGCAUUGUUCGGGCCGUGCGCUUUGAAGCGCCUCCGGGCUUCGUGCUCGCCACGGGCAUCGGAGGUCCCUGCAUGGGAUUCAGCUCCUCCGUCCUCCAGACCGGGGACACAGUGCUCCCCCCGAGUGCCUGCUCAGGCGCCUCACCUCAGUCUGUGCUGCUGACGAUGCCCGAGGCAUUGCCACUCCUUGGGGCUGACCGGGUGGGCCUCACCUACGUGUUCCAGCUUGGCAUGAUCAGCCCUCUCCAGGAGGUCUUGGUCGACCUCCUGCUGCUUGCUUUGAGCCCCGGGCCGGGUGACGCCCCUCUGUACGCCGCCAGCGUCCCGGGAUUCGCCUCGAACAUUCCCGGCCUUCGGCCUCUGGAACCCGGCCCUCUGCCGGAGGAGCAGCUUGUUCCGCAGCCGGUGGACAACGUUCUCGAGCCCUUCUCCACCGUGCAGCUCGCAUCGCGGGGGAUGCCUUGGAGCGGAAGAUGCUUCUGGCUGCUCCUUCUCGCUCCUUUCACUUAG